AUGUCCGCAGCCCGCACCCACCUUUCAUCCACAACCGUCUUCCACGGCGCCCUCGUCAACCCCCUCGACCUCCACUCCUACCAGGCCCUCCCGCACGCCCUCCUAUGCGUCGACCCCUACGGCGACAUCGCCUGGAUCGAGCCGCACGUCCCCGACGCCCUCGUCCAGGACGUCAUGGCCCGGAAGGGCCUGGUGGGAGACGACGUCCAGGUCGUGCAGCUCAAGAAGGGCGAGUUCUUGAUGCCGGGUUUCAUCGAUACGCACACGCAUGCACCGCAGGUUCCGAACAUGGGAGCGGGGCAGCAAUAUGAACUGCUCGACUGGCUCGAGAACGUCACGUUCCCCAUGGAGUCCCGUUUCUCCGAUGUGGAUUUUGCCAGGCACACUUACAAGACCGUCGUCCGAAGAGUGAUUGAUUCCGGCACGACCACUUGCUGCUAUUACGGCACCCUGCAUGUAGAAGCAACCAAGGUCCUCGCAGAUAUCAUCCACGAGUACGGUCAGAGGGCCUUCGUAGGGAAAUGUAACAUGGACCGCAACUCGCCCGACAACUACGUCGAACCCUCCGCCGAGGCAUCCGUGCAGGGCACCAAAGAACUCCUCGAGCACAUCCGGGGCCUGCCUCCGCUCACUUCCCCCAGACCGGCGCAUGACACGGACCGUUCCCAACUGGUCCAUCCGAUCCUCACCCCGCGCUUCGCGAUAAGCUGCACCUCGCCGCUGCUCACCUCCCUGGGGCAGAUCGCGGCUUCCGACCGCUCGCUCCGGAUCCAGACGCACAUCUCCGAGAACCUGUCCGAGAUCGCGUUCACCAAGUCUCUGUUCCCGGAGUGCAGCUCGUACGCAGACGUGUACGACAAGCACGGGUUGCUGAGGCAUAAUACGGUGCUUGCGCAUGCGGUGCAUUUGGAGGACGAGGAAAUAGCGCUGCUGAAGGAGAGGGGCUGUGGCAUAAGCCAUUGCCCUACGAGUAAUUUCAACCUAAGGAGCGGGAUUUGCAAAGUUGGCGAGCUGCUUGAUCGGGGCAUAAAAGUAGGCCUCGGUACAGACGUCUCAGGCGGCUUCUCCCCCUCGAUCCUCGCAGCGAUCCAGCACGCCUCGAUCGCCUCGAAGGUCGUCUCCUUCCAACACCAGCCGGGGCACGCCAUAGCUGUGCCCCACCACCUGUUUGUAAACCACAGCCCGCUCGCGAACAAGCAGCUGCCCAUCCCGGCGCUGCUGCACCUCGCGACGCUCGGCGGCGCGCAGGUGUGCGACCUGCAGGCGCGCGUCGGGUCGUUCGCGCCGGGGAAGGCGUUCGACGCGCUGCUGGUGAGCGUGUCGAGCGCGGCGGGGAACCCGGCGGUGUGGGGCGUCGAGGUGGACGAGGCGCUGGGGAUUGAAAGGGGGAUGGGGAUGAGUAAGGAGCAGCAUUUGGAGAGGAUGCUGGAGGCGUUCAUGUUUUGUGGGGAUGAUAGGAACAUUUCGAGGGUUUAUGUGCAGGGUAGGGUCAUUGGAGGCAAGGAAUGGGCGGCAUCUCAGCCCUGA